AUGAACACCGCCAUCGCUCGCAUCCUCACCCGCGACCGCGCCGCCGUCUCCCAGCCGGAGCUCGAGCACCCCGCGCACCGCGACUGCAUCACCUGCAACCCGCCGAGCCCCGCGCAGAAGGUCUUCGCCCGCAAGGCCAUCAAGGCGCGCACGAGCAGCCACGUCUACUGCCCCGCUUGCACCAAGCGCACUUUCGACGCGAACGCGAACUCGCAGGAACUGGCCGAGCCAUCCCGCCCGCCUCGCCCACACACCGAGUACCCCGCCCUCACGCGCCACCCCAUCCUCCUCCGCAACGACUUUGACGCCAUGUUCGACCACCCGCGCAGCUCGUUCCGCGAACUCAACCCCCCGCGCCUCUACUCUGCCUUUGCGCCCACGCACCGCUCCGCUUCCGGAUCGACGGUCUGCCUUAACGAGCGCGUGCAGGCCUGA